AUUAAAACGAAAAUACUAACAAAAUUUAUUCAAGCUAAUUUUUAAUGUGAUCGAUUUAUUCUACUUAUUUACUAUUUUAAGAAAAAUAAUAAUUUUUUAUGUGACUAAAUAUUAAACAGAGUGUUUUCUCCAUUAUUUAUUGGAUGGUAAGAGUAUCUAUAUAUUUUGAUACAAAAAAAUUUUAUUUAUCAAUGUUGGACAUGAAUAAGCGAUCAUAUAAACACUAUUUACUCGAAGCUUUUAUUGCUGCUCUUUGUCUUGUAGUCUACUGUGAAUAUCUCAUUUACUAUGUCGUCCUUGCACAAUGCUCAUGGCCAGAUAUCGACAGCUUUAAAGCAGACCCUUCAAUCAAACCAGCCAUAAUAGAGGAGAAGCCGGUAAAAAUUAUUUUUAUAGCAGAUACUCAUUUAUUAGGAUCUAAAACUGGACAUUGGUUUGAUAAGCUUAGAAGAGAAUGGCAAAUGUACAGGACUUUUCAAACAUCAAUGGUUCUUCAUAAACCUGAGAUUGUUUUUUUUUUGGGAGAUAUAUUUGAUGAAGGAGCUCGAAGUAGUGAAGAUGAAUUCCAAACUUAUGUUAAUAGAUUUCAUUCUCUUUUUUCUGUUCCGAAGAACACUUAUUCUUAUGUGCUUGCCGGAAAUCAUGACAUGGGUUUUCACUAUGCAAUAACACCUUAUAAAAAUCAACGAUUUAUCAAUAGUAUGAAAUCACCAAACGUCAAAAGAGUCAGCAUCCGAGGAAAUCAUUUUAUACUUAUUAAUAGCAUGGCAUUCGAAGGGGAUGGAUGUUUUCUUUGUAGGCCUGCUGAAGUUAAAAUUUACGAAAUAUCAAAACAAUUGAAAUGCGCCAAAGGAAUCAAAAGUGAUUGUGCUAAGUCUGGAAAAACUAUAAUUGAAAUAUACAGUCGGCCAAUUUUACUUCAACACUUUCCAAUGUAUCGAGAGUCUGAUGCUUCAUGCAGAGAACCAGAUCAAGCACCAGAUGAAAUAAAAAAUUUUAAAUUUCGUGAGCGGUGGGAUUGUUUGUCAAAAGAGUCUUCUGUACAGCUUUUGGAGUUAUUGAAUCCAAGACUUAUUAUUGAUGGUCAUACACAUCACGGCUGCAGACAAUUACAUGGUGAAGACACUCUAGAAAUCACAAUUCCUUCAUACAGUUGGAGAAAUAAAAAUAAUCCAUCAUUUUUAAUAGGAGUUUUUACACCAAACAAUUACGCUUUAUCAAAAUGUUACAUGCCCGUUGAGAAUACAGUUAUUUUAAUAUACACUGUAGGUGGAAUAUGUAUCGUUUUUUAUCUUCUGUUUCGAGCCAAGCAAAAAAUGAACCGCCGUCAUCACUUUUUAAAACUACAUUGAACAUUAUCAUCAAUAAUUGGAUGUAAAUAAAUAAUGAUCUCUCAUUUUUUAACAAAGCUCUGUACAUUAAAUCAUUAAUCAGAUUUUUCGUAAUUAAAAUACUGAUAUUGUCUACAUUAUUAUCAAUUUUACAUCGUACUUACUUACAUACGCUUAUAUGUUAAUAUACUUAAAAUAAAAUAUACCAUUUUUAAAUAAGU